AAAACUAAAUUGCCGUCUGAAAAUUAGACUACAUCGGGGAAGAAUCUGCCGGAAAAAACUAAACUUGCCGUAAAAGACUUCUUUUUUUUCCACAUUUGGGAGAAAACAUAUUGUUCUUGCUGUAGGUGGUUAGAACAAUCAAGAUGUCUGGAGCUUCCAGAAGGAGUAUGGGAGGGUUUAUGAAUACAUCCCUUCAAUCCUCCCAUUCUCGUCCAUUUACCAACACUCCGACCUCUGGAGUGAUUGCACCCGGUGGUAAAUCAGGCAGCCCAGCUAAAGGGGGUUCACACGAUUCCCGCAUCCCAAAGCCACCUAAACCACCCGAUAAGCCCCUGAUGCCGUACAUGAGGUACAGCCGCAGCGUUUGGGAGAAAGUGAAGAAUGAUAACCAAGACUUGAAGCUGUGGGAGAUCGGAAAGAUCAUCGGUCAGAUGUGGAGAGAUUUGGCGGAGGACGGCAAACAAGUUUUCACCGAAGAGUAUGAAAUCGAAAAGGAGGAGUACAACAGAGCACUGAAAUCUUAUCACAACUCGCCUGCUUAUCAAGCAUGGAUGGUGGCGAAAGGAAAAGCUCAGCAGGCCAUAGAGCAGGAAUCCGAAAUUGACGGUGGUAUCAAAUCAGAACCAAGAAUGAGCAUGCAAGCUGCCGAAGACGAUGAUGAUCAAGAAGAUGGAUACUCGGUAAAGCACAUUGCUGCAGCUCGCUUCCAGCGGAACCAUCGGCUGAUCAACGAAAUCUUCAGCGAUGCUGUUGUACCUGACCCUAGGACGGUUGUUACUGAUCAACGUAUGCAGAUCUUGAAAAGACAGGUCCAAUCGCUCAAAGUUCAUCAGAAGAAGCUGGAAGCUGAAUUGCAACUAAUUGAAGAAAAAUACCAGAACAAGAAGAGGAAGUUUGUUGAGAGCAGCGAGAACUUCACUACAGAGAUGAAAAAGUUGUGUGCUGAAAAGGUUGAGAUCAAGUGGGAUGAGCUGAUGUUCCCUGAUUACUCUCAAUCUUGGGCCUCUGGUCAGAGACCGCCGCUAUCGGCCAAGUUUCUCUCUCAGGCACCCGCGCAACCUGUCAUGGCCUCUCAGGUUCAAGCAGUACCCAUGCCUAGCACCCAAGUCUUACGCAGACCCCCAGGAGAUGCCCCAGGGAUCAAGCCGGUCCAGGAGAACCAGCCGGACGUUGGUCCGAUGCAACCGCAACGCGUGGAACCUGCCGUCGAACAGGCUGCAAAGGCCAGCUCCUACACAACGUCUUCAUCGCAGAAGAAAAGUACUCCUCGCAAACCCAAGAAGUUCCAGGGCCACCUGGAUGCGUUACUGCAAUCACCUGAGGAGAGUCAGUCUAGCCAGGAUGAAACAGAAGAAGAGAAAGAAACUCCUGAUACUGCUGUGGAGAAACCUAAGGAGGGAGGAACACCAACAGAGGAAACACCCAAGGAUGUAGUGCAGGAAGGGGCAGGGAAGGACUUGUUGGGGAUGGGUAAUGGAGGGGGAGUGAAGGCAGAUGAUGAGAAAGCUGGAUCAGACGCGAGUGCCAAGGAAGAUGAGUGUAGCAAGGAUGAAAGCCUGAAAGAAUGAUGAUUGAUUGUCAAGGUUUGCUCGAUGAAUGAAUAAAAGGAAUAUUUCAUAGUCAUGUAAAAGUCAUUUUCUUGCAAGUCCAAGUCAAGGCUCAAGUCAUUUAAGCAUUUAGUGAGCAAAGUAGCAACUUGAGUCCAAGUCGCACGACUUGGGUCGACAACUCUGAAAGACUUUAAUCAAAUGCUAUUCAAUACCGGCAAACGGUCCAUUUUUUGCAUGCCCUUGUUGUAAAUUUACCAUAUUUGUCCCUAUUAAUUGCCUUCAAUUUUGUUCAUAUGCUGUUAUAGUAAAACCCUAUGAACCAUCUAAGACACUUUUUAUUUGUCCAGAAGUCAUUCCAGAAUUGAGAAGAGAACAAAAAGUGUAUUCCUUGUCAUGAUUUGUUAGUGUUUUUGUUUAAAAAUGUAAUUAACUUUGCCAGUCUUUUUGAAAAGUGGUCUCUGUUAAUGAAAUCAAUAUUGUGUUAUCUGAUGAGAAUAAACAUCAUUGAGAGCUGCAUACUUUCUGGAAAUAGAACUAUUCCAUUAGGCAUAGCACUGGUGUGUAUACAGUUGUGCUCAAAUGUUAGUGAAACCCACCACAAAAUGCACUCAUUCACUCCUGUUGAAUGUAGGGAACAACACUUCAAUGUUUGGCAAGCCCAGAGAAACAAGCUUUAUUGAUUGUAAUAUUUUUUUCACCUGACUUGAACACUCUGAAAUGUUCAAUUUUCUGGUGGGGUUCACUGACUUUCGAGCUCCACUCUAAGUUGUCCCUUUAAAUUGAAAUUUGUGAAAACAAAUAGCGCAUUUAUCCACUAUGUGUUUAUGUUGUUUUACGUAAAACUCAGUUUUUGUAUGCUUCUAUUUUGAUGAUAAAUUGUUUGCUUGUCAUUAGAGGUUGUUUGAAGUUUACUGGCAAUGAAUGUUGCCGAAUAAAACAAAAAAAUUGCCACACACUUCUCAUAAUGUUUUUUAAAUUCAUUACCCUGUUUAUAACAACUUGCAGUAUGAAGUGUGAUACAGAUAAUCUAUCACAUUAAAAUUUAUUUAUUGAAGUAUUAUCCAUAGAAAUACUGGUACUAGCAUACAGUAGGAGAUUAUGGCCCGUAUUCUGAAGUCAGGUUUAACUUAGACCAUGGUCUAACUCUGCUAAAUUUAUGGGAGCCAAAAACUUAGAAUUUCUCUUUGUUUUGUACAUUUCUUAUAUUACUAUUAUGUUUCCCUUUACUUUCAUAAUGAAGAAAAUAUUUCAUUUUAGACAGUUAUAAAUGAUUUGAGUCUCAUAAGAGUUAAUAAAUUGAACAUGUUCUUAUAGAGAUUUUUGCACCAAUUGGCUCUCCAUAGUUAAACUACAAUUUUAAACCCAAGUUCAGAAUACGAGCCUAUAUCUAUGUUGUUCUUUUUUUCUGGAUUUUGUUGUUGUUGUUAUGAAACAGAAAUGAUCCAUUAUUCACUCUAGAUAAUGAAUCUGAUCUUGUACAAAUAAAGCAUCAACAUGACUCACAGGAUGAUGAAUGCAAUUUGGCCCAGAUGAUAGGUUAUUUGUACACAGGUGACCCGGAGGAGUUUCACAAAGAGUAAGGUAUGAAUUAGAAUCAUGCUUGAAUGCUGAUACACACAUGAUAUGUAAACUUGCACUCCUAUUGAUUAAUAUCGUGCAUCCUCUUGGCAUGAUUUGAACAAUGGGGUGAUGCCUUUUAUGCUGCACGCCAGUUGGAAUCGAAGUGUUACUCAUAAAUCUUUGUGAAACUCCCUCAGGUAUUCAUUUUGCCUUACGGACAAUCUUACAAUGUAGUAAUAUGGACUGCUUUGACAGGCAUGGUUGUUUAAAAAGGCUCAAGGGAACUGCAAAGCAACAAUGCUCAAGGCCAGUUAGAGGAAAGGAUUAUCCAACAUUCUUAAAGAGAGGUUUAUACAGAUCAAGAAAAAGUUGUCAUAGUAAAGCAUUAUGUCUACCUGGCCAUGGUUUUGAGAUGAGAAUGAUCCAUCGGUUAGCAAGGAAUUCCAUCACUCUAUUAUAAAGCAAAAUAAUACAAAUAUUUUGUAUGGGCAUUGGCAUGAAUAUUCACACUGGGUACCUUUGAAAUAGUUUGAACACCCUCGGCUAUCGCUUCAGGUGGGUGUUUCAUAAAGCUGUUCGUAAGAUACGAAUGACUUUACGCACGACUGGUGAUCCUUUUUUUGUGCUAUGUGAUAUCCCUAUGUAAUUGAAUAUGUCCUAAGAACUUGUUCCAUUCGUGCGUUUUUGUGCGUAACUUUA